UGAUGUUUGCAUCGUACCCUUGGCAGAAAAGUUCCCUCAUGGUCGACUCAGCUGAACUGGCCCCAGCUUCACUUUCUCCAAAUUCCUUCUUCCAGCAUCACUUGUGGACGGUCAUGGACGGGCUGGAUAAUUCUUCAGAAUAUGUUGACUACUAUGAAUACAUUGACAACAACACUGUUAGCGUAACAUAUAACAAAAGACCACGCAGAGACUUCCUGACCAUCGUUCAAGUCCUUGCUGUUCUCAUCUACAGCAUCACCUGCCUCCUAGGUCUACUGGGCAAUGGUUUGGUCAUCGCAAUUAUAUUCAAGAUGAAAAAAUCAGUCACUACUAUCUGGUUCCUCAACUUGGCAGCUGCUGACUUUCUGUUUAAUGUCUUCUUGCCCUUGAACAUUGCCUACACAGCCAUGAACUACCACUGGGUGUUUGGCAGAGACAUGUGCAAAGUCACCUCUUUACUUCUCAACUUCAACAUGUACACCAGUGUGUUUUUGUUGACAACCAUCAGCUUUGACCGUUGCAUUUUGGUGGUUUUCCCAGUCCAAUCCCAAAAACAUCGGACUCCUACAGUUGCCUGGCUGUUCUGUGUCCUAAUUUGGGCUAUUGGUUUUUUAAUGAGCUCCCCUUCCCUUAUUUUUCGAGACACCGUAACUGUCCAGGACCGCAUCUCUUGUUUUCACAACUUCUCCUUGUCCAGUUCUCCGAAUGACACCACCCUUGGCUUUCAGAGACAUAGAAUGGUAACCACAGUUCGAUUCCUGAUGGGGUUUAUCAUACCAAUGGUCAUUAUCACAGUAUGCUACAUUACCAUAAUUUUUCGGCUGAAAAGGAACCGUCUUGCCAAGUCCAAGAAGCCCUUGAGAAUUAUCGUUGCCAUUAUAACCACCUUCUUCUUAUGUUGGUGUCCCUAUCAUACCUUCUACCUCCUGGAAACUCAGCACCACUCAGUUCCAAAGACCGUGUUGGAGACUGGACUGCCCCUUGUCACCGCCAUCGCUGUGUCUAACAGCUGCAUGAACCCCAUCCUGUAUGUCUUCAUGGGCCAAGAUUUCAAAAAGUUUAAGAUCACCAUCCUGUCCAGGCUGGCUAGUGCACUGACUGAGGACACAAUCCAGUCAAUCCAUUCAUUCACACGUAAGAGCUUCACAAAACCCAGCUCGGUAACUGAAAAAGAGUCAAUGUUACUCUGAGCUUUGGGGCCUAACAUGGAUUACAGUCGUUUAUUGGUUUCCAGCAAUGACCCAAAGCCCCCGGUUGUUGUCUUGUUGGAUUAUUUCAACCGUUGCAGAAGGAGCGUGAACUUGGCUUGAUGAAUCUAAGCCAAUCAUGGU